AUGGAGCAUGAAGAAAACAUAGAAGGAGUGAGUGGGGAUGAAAUGCUAGAAUACUUGGAUGAUAGUGAUGAAGCAAAUUUGGGUGAUGAUUACUUCAAUGAAUUUAUUGGCAUUGACAUAGUGGAUGGUAUGGGACAAGGUUGUAGUAGCUAUUCAAAUGUGUUAGACCACCAACAUGAAGAUGUACCAAUUGUUCCUUCCUUUGGAGUGUUAGAUGAGAACAUUGAUGAUUUGUUAUCAGAAUUAGAAGAUGAGGAGUUAUAUGAAGAAUAUGCAAUUGAUGAAGAUGAAGAUAAGUCGAUAACAAGAUACUACAAGUACAAUCCAAAUGAGAUGUGCAAGGACUUCAAAUUUAGUUUAGGGAUGGAGUUUACUUCAAUCAAACAAUUUAGGGAUGCUCUAAAGGAGCACUCUUUGUUGAAUGGUUAUGCAUUUGACUAUAUAAAAAAUGAUAAAGAGAGAUGUCGAGUGAAAUGCACUAAUAGAUGUGGUUGGCUAAUGUUUGUAAGCAAAGAAAGUGACUCAUUGACUUAUCGGCUGAAGACAUUAAAUCCAAGGCAUGCAUGUGGAGUAACAAUCAAUGCAAAGAGGGCUUCAUCAGAGUGGAUUGCUGAAAAAAUAGUUGAUAAUGUCAAGAUUAACAAAGAUAUUAAGUUGUCAGAUGUGCAAGCAACCAUAAGAAAAGAUUACAUGGCUCAACCCUCAAUUAACAAAGCAUUUCGGGCUAGAAAAAUUGCAAGGGAGAUGAUUGAGGGGAAUCAUAAAGAAGAAUAUGCUUACUUGAGGGACUAUUGUUUGGAAGUCAAGUCAAAUAAUCCAAGGUCCACAUUUUGUCUUGUCACAGAUAAGCCAUAUGUAGAUCAUCCGCGAGUAUUUAGAAGGUUGUAUAUGUGCUUGGAACUAGUGAAAAGAGGCUUCAAGGUAGCAUGUAGGCCAAUUAUUGGAUUGGAUGGAUGCUUUCUCAAAGGCCCAUAUGGUGGUAUAUUAUUAGUAGUUGUAGCUCGUGACCCUAAUGAGCAAUAUUUUCCUCUAGCUAUGGCAGUGGUGGAGACAGAAAAUAGGGAUUCUUGGACAUCGUUCUUGAAAAAUUUGUUUGAUGACAUUGGCACCAUGGCUAAAAAAAAGGGUAUUGGUUUUAAGGUGCAGGGUUUGGUUCAAGCAUUAGGAGAGUUGCUUGGAGGUGUUGAACAUCGUUAUUGUGUAAGACACUUGUAUGCCAAUAUAAAGGCAAGGUAUGGUGGAGGAACUUUAGUGAAAGACUUAGUGAUUUGCACAGUAAAGGCAACUUACCCACCGGCAUGGGAAGGGAUAAUGAAUGAGUUGAAAAAAGUUUCAAAGAAUGCAUAUGAUCACUUAAUGACUUUUCCUCUAUCUUGUUGGACCAAGGCAUAUUUUGAUGAUUAUUUUAAGUCUGAUAUGAUAAUGAAUAACAUAUCAGAGUCUUUUAAUGGUCAAUUAUUGGAGGCAAGAGAACGUCCAAUUAUUGGUCUUCUUGAUUGGAUUCGAACUUAUUUGAUGGAUAGAUUUCAUCAAAAUCGAGUAAAAGCAGAAAAAUAUCGUGGCAAGGGAUCUGUGUGCCCUCAACCUCGUAAGAGGCUUGACAAAGAGAUAGAAAAAUCUAGAAAGUGGGAACCAAGGAGGGCUAAUAAUGCUCAAUUUGAAGUAUCAUACAACUCUUAA